AUGUCGACGACACCAAUCAAAUACAAAUCAGCCAAAUCUAAAACAAAAUCUGGCCGAGUCGUAAAAAGAUCAUCAAAGAUUAAGAAUAAAAGAGACGACGAUAUUACCAUCGCGAAUAAUGGUAGUGGUAGUGGUAGCAGCAGUUUAAUAUGUCAUGAUCCAAAUUAA